AUGUUCGUGCUAGGACCACGGCUAAUCCUUGCCCUUCGAGAAUAUAAUGCUAAACUCGUGGCUGACUCCGACGCAGCAACCCGCAUGACCUCAAUCGCUUUCCAAGAGCGUGUGCAUAUAUCGACUAGCAGCACCGUGUAAUACUCGGUGAAGCUGACGCAAACCGUUGUCUAGUUCUUGCAGGGAGCACGGGAAAUUUGUUUUUUGUUUCUAUUCCAAGCCUCGUUGCGGUGCUCGAGUAGUUAUUUGGUGUCACAAAAUAGAUGUCAAGUGUAGGCUAUAUUUUCGUCGUAGUAUUAUUCGAAUCAUUUGCUAUAGGUCUUGACAUUGACCAUGUUUUAACCAAUGUCCUGUAUAUCUCUACUGUACCAACGAAGGAAAGCAGUGCCCAGAACGCGAAAGUCGAGGAACGAGAGAUGUUUCUAGGUGAUGUCGCCGGAACAUUGGAUGCAAGUUUCUAUUUUCUCCUGCUUCUCAUCUUCGAGGACAUCUCGUGACCCACCUCUCGUCGUAUCGGAAGCACUAUGGGAUAUUGACUUUCGUAAUAUGGUGUGACUGUCUUGUAGCAUAUAUAG